AUGAAUGUACGAAUGUUUUUCAAGGAAUUCGGAAUCCGCGAACUUCACGCUGCGGCCGUGGUCGUCCCCGCUCCGACGUCCCGUCUCAGCCCGGCGGAGAACUACGUCUUCAAUUGCAUCCGGCAGUUGUUCGGCAAGGACGUCCGCGACAACAUCUACCUGCUGCUCACGUUCUCCGACUGCGAACGGGGUCCAGCCGCGGACACGGUGAAAGAGGCGGGAAUCCCCUUCGUCAAGCACUUCCAAGUCAACAACUCCGUCCUCUACGCGGAUCGAGCCAAGGCCGAUCCCCUGGCUGAAACCUAUUGGAACAUCUCGGUCGAGGGAUACGAGGGAUUCCUGGACGAGGUGUUUCGCGUGAAACCUGUGAGCCUGGAGUUGACCAAGGUCAUCAUGGAGGAACGCCAAGCCUGGGAGGAACAGUUUCACCAGCUCCAUCUCCAAUUGGAUCGAAGUUUCAAGGAGCUUGCGAAAUUCCGAGAGGAUUGCAAGUCCUCGGAGCCGGACCCCCCAGGUCUAGACGAAAAGCUGAAGAAGCUUAAGGAAGAGAUCCGCAAAGUGAUGACCGACGUGGACCACCACCACGCGCAGCUGCAGGGGAAGUCUCUCAAUUCCCACCAGAUGACGUCCAUGGAUUACAUCUCCCUCAUGAUUAACACCGAGGUUCAGGAACGGAAACCAGGUCAUCAAGAUCGGCUCAAGCUCCUCAAGGCUGUCAAGGUCGAGGACCCCACCAAUUCCCAGAAGCCGGAGGAGAAGGAUCAAGAAAAAGUGCUAGAUAAUUCAAAGCCGAAUCAGGGAUCCCCCGCCGAGUUCAGCAGACUUCACCGCUUCUGGAGAAGUUUGCCGAUCGGGUCCGGUCGAAAAAAUCAGCAAAAUAAGGUUACCCAACCACAAGACAGCUCAAUACUCGAUGGCGAGUACUCUGAUGCCCCGGAUACUCCUGCCCAAGAGGGCAUGCAGCAUGAUGCAGGAUUGCACCGAGGAGGGCUUUGGAGGUCCUUGAGGAGGACAUUGAGUGGUUGGGGCAAACGACGACACGAAAACCGGCAUUCAAAAACCAUACCCGAGGAAGGACAAGGGCAGGAAGUGAAGGAGCAGAAGCAGGAGAAGGAAUCUGACGUGCCAUCAGCUGAAAUGCCAGAAGCACCAUCAGACAGACCAGUAGCACAACCAGAGAAAUCAGAACCAAGGACAGGAAAACAUAAUUGUAUCAUUCUCUAACGAGUAUCCCAUGCAGCGAGUCACAUCUUUUUUAUGUAUAGGAUGUGAAAGGAUGGGAAUGUAAUAAAAUUUUAAAAAUCCUG